CAAGCUCUCGAGAUCGCGCGAACUCGUCGCCGUUGUUUACAAGCUUGUUGGGAGUCUGGAGCCGAAGAUGGCGACGGAAGCGAGGAGCGCAUCAAAGAGAUAGCCCAACCACGUGCGCGUAAUAAAUAACACAACGAUAAAAUGCGUUCCCGGCGCGUCGCUCGUCGUUGAACUCAUCCAGGAAUGAGAUCGAGUUGUGAGACUCUCGUGCUCGAUCCUGACACACCGAAUAACGAUCGCCGAGAGUCGCGGGAGUCAUUCCGGAGCACGAAGAUCCGAUGACUCAUUUCGUCGGUGUCGCUUGUCUUUGUAAUCAGGUGACGAUGCUGUCAUAGAAAAGGAAACGAUUAUAAAACGAAGGAGAAGAGUUCGAAGACACGCCAACAUGAAUCUUGACCAGCAUGAAUCUGUCUUCAAGGAUUUUCACGACGAGUCUCCUUUAUUACGGGCCAUAUUCCGUGGGCAUGUGGAAGCAGUUCGUGUAUUGCUAUCGCAACAAGAAGAUGUCAAUUGGCAAGACAAGGAGCAACGUUCUCUUUUACAUGCAGCAGCAUAUAGGGGAGAUACUGCUAUUGUAGAACUUCUCUUGUUAAAUGGUGCAGCAGCUAAUAGUAAGGAUAAGAAAUGGUUAACUCCUUUGCACAGAGCUUGUUGUUUGGGCAAUUACAAUGUGGUGGAUAUUUUAUUAAGAUAUAAAGCAGACGCGAACGCCAGAGAUCGUAGUUGGCAGACGCCUCUUCACGUAGCAGCUGCAAAUAAUGCUGUACAAUGCGUAGAACUUUUAAUACCGCACUUAUUAAAUAUUAAUGUCACUGAUAGAGGUGGAAGAACAUGUCUUCAUCAUGCGGCAUAUAACGGGCAUCUUGAAAUGGUCGAAUACCUGAUGCAGUUUGACUGUGUAAUAAAUGCUUCUGACAAGAAAGACCGGAGAGCUCUACAUUUUGCAGCAUAUCAAGGUCACAACGAGAUUGUGAAAGCGUUAAUAGACAAAGGUGCCGAUGUGGAUGUUAAAGAUCGAGAUUUAUAUACCCCGUUACAUGCAGCAGCCGCUUCAGGCAAUGUAGAAUGCGUGCAUAUUUUAAUCAACGCUGGCGCGGAUAUCGAGGCGAAGAACGUGUACGGAAACACUCCGCUACAUAUCGCGUGUUUGAAUGGAUGUCCCCUCGUGAUCAAGGCGCUCAUGGCUAACCACGUAAAUUUAGAGGCCGUAAAUUAUCGCGGACAAACCGCGAUGCACAUCGCCGCCACCAGUGUACAUGGUGUUCAAUGUUUCAAGAUGCUUAUACGCGAGGGAUUGAUAGUAAACGUUCAAUCGGAAGACGGUCGCACGCCAUUACAUAUGACCGCGAUUCACGGAAGAUUUACGCGAUCAAAAAUGCUGCUUGAUGCAGGAGCUUUUCCAGAUGCGAGAGACAAGAACGGAAAUACAGCUUUACAUAUCGCUGCCUGGUUCGGUUUCGAAUGUCUGGUAACAUCUUUAAUGGAAAGCGCCGCAUCUCCGGCUACACGCAAUGCUCAGCAACGAACGCCUUUGCAUUUAAGUUGCCUCGGCGGACAUAUAGAAGUCUGUAGAAAAUUACUACAACUCGAUAGCAGAAGAAUCGACGCGCGAGACAUUGGUGGCAGAACAGCUUUGCAUUUGACAGCAUUUAAGGGUUCCGUAGAUUGCUUGGAUUUGCUGUUAUCUAGCGGUGCCAACUUCCGUCUCGUCGAUAACGACAAUCGAUUGGCUCUUCACCACGCCGCGAGCCAAGGACACUAUCCGUGCGUCUUCACUUUGGUCGGCUUCGGCAGCGACUCGAACGCUCAAGAUGUGAACGGCGCUACGCCGUUGCAUCUUGCCGCAGCAGCGUCAAAUUCAAAUGCCCAAUCCUACAAGUGCGUGCAGUACUUGCUGCAGCAUCGAGCUAAUCCGCAUUUACGCGACAAACGAGGUUUCACCGCGAUCCACUACGCGGUGGCGGGUGGCAAUCAAGCGGCACUGGAGGCACUAUUGAACGCGCCAUCACCGGGAAGUAUAACCGCUUCUUCGCUCAACUCAAGUUCUACAACCGGAACCGCCGGACAGGAACCACCAUCUUUGCCUGCGCUCACUCCGAUUCAUCUCGCGGCUUAUCACGGUCACGACGAAAUCUUACAACUGCUUCUACCUCUGUUUCCCGAUACAAACAUCAAAGAAGACAGCGGGAAAACGCCAUUAGAUUUAGCCGCUUACAAAGGACAUAAACAGUGCGUCGAACUUUUGUUACGAUUCGGCGCUUCAGUAUCAGUGCAGGAUUCUGUUACGAAACGUACGCCCAUACAUUGCGCUGCCGCGGCAGGUCACACCGAUUGCUUGACUCUUCUCCUGCAAAAUGCGGACGAUCCCAACGUGGUGAAUCGUUACGAUUCCAAGCUACGAACACCCCUGACUCUAGCUGUAGCGAAUAAUCAUCCGGAAUGUGCGAUGUUAUUGCUGAGACACAAGGCUGAUUGCAAUUUGCCAGAUGUCAACAAGCACACACCGUUGUUUCGGGCGGUGAUUAAUGAGCGAGAUAAUCAGCUAGUGAAGUUGCUGUUGAAACACGGCGCACGAGUGGCUGUGCAAGACGCAAAUGGUAAAACGCCGUUACACUUGGCAGCAGCUUGCGGCAGAUUGUAUGCUUUAGCAGCGCUUGUUCAAGCCGACCCAACCGCGGCUGCUUUGAAGGACGAUCAGGGAUGCACGGUGCUCCACUGGGCCUGUUAUAACGGCAACUCCAAUUGCGUCGAGUAUCUUUUGAAUCAUAACGUGUACGAUUCCUUAGAAGACAAUCUAUUCUCCGCGGUACAUUGCGCCGUGUAUCAGGGAUCCGCGCAUUGCUUAGAUUUGCUAAUCAGCAAAUUUGGCGGACAAGCGGUUGUCGCUCCAAAAGAUUCGUCAUGCGGCUUGUUACACGUCGCAGCUAGUGCUGGAUCCGUUGAGUGCGCGCGACUAAUUCUAAAUUCGGUCGGACCGGAACUAGCAGGACUCGAAACGACCGAUUACUUCGGACGGACACCACUUCUUUGCGCAGCUGUCAAUGGACAAUGCAACGCCAUUGAAUUGUUGCUCGAAUGGAAGGCGAAUGUACGCGCUGUCGAUUCCAGUAAGAAUACGGCGUUACAUUUGGCAUGCCAGAGAAGGCAUUCCGCUGCGGCAUCGUUGCUUCUAAACUGGAUCGAGUCGCUCGGCGGUCCCGACAUCGACAAAAACAUAUCGCAACAACAACGAGUGGCUAUUAUCAAUAUGACCAACAAACAGCAAAGAACGCCGUUGCAUCUGGCGGCGAGAAAUGGCCUUGUAGCAAUUACUCGUCGAUUAUUGCAACUAGGCGCGAGCGUCGUGGCUGUCGAUGCUGUAGGACUUACGCCCGCGUUAGCUUGCGCCCCGAAUCCAGCAGUGGCAGAGUGUCUAGCUACUAUUCUCGCCGCUCACGGUCAAAACGGACAAACCACGCAAUACUCGCCAUCCCUUCAGCAAACAUCGGAAGUGUAUCUGAAUGAUCGAAAUGGCGUAGAUUCGCAACACAGUUCCGACUCGGAAUUUUACUGACAGCGAGCGUCGACAUGCUCGGAUCGCCCUGCGUUCCAAGCGAAUCUGAACAUGGAAUCGAUCAUACGGCAAUACCGCGACCGCUAGAUUAAUCUGGACUAGCUGUUGGCUUUUAUCCAUUCUAGUAUAAUUAAGAUCUCUAACUCGAACGAAUGCGUGAAAAAUUAUUAAAAAGUCGACAAAUCUCUCAUGACUACCCACUGUAGCAAUCGUGACAAUACCUAUGUCUGUAACUCGAUAGAGUUAUUAACCAACUGCCAAGAGGGGUACGGAUGCGUUUAUAAAUAUAUAACUAAAGUAUAAUAAUAUCUGAUAGACAUGCUACACAUGAGUUGUAAUGUUCAAAAUUAUCCAGCUUUCUAUUUGCAAUGCUUAAAAGUGCACUAAGACAAAAUUAUUUUAUAUUACGUGACAAGACAUUGUAUAUAAAGACUAAGUAUUAUUAUAAUUUUGUUU